CAGGAAGGCAGCAAGUGAGUAUCUGAGGGGGAAGGGUGAGGUGCACGGCACAGUGAUCAUCGAUAUCUCCAUUGGGGAUGGCCCUGGGGACAGCAAGGCGUGGGGAUGCGAUCUCAGCUAUGACUAUGUCAAGAUUAAUGCGGAGUACACCACAUAA